GCAAAGAGGAUUCUCAAAAAGGUUUGUGCAAAUAGUUAUUUAAAUAACUUAGCUGCUUUAAGUUUGUUUCGCAGCUUUUAGAAAUGGAUAUAUUCAAUUUUGACUCAUGAGAUUUUGAUGUCUAGUACUGCUUUUCAGUUCCACGUUAGCUGCUGCGAAAGGGGAUGAAAAGGAAAGGACCUAAACUGGCCACCUAGUAGGGUGAAGCAUCAUAAUUAAUGGCAAAAGUCAGAGAAACAUGUAAGAUUAGUAGGGGAUAGGAACCUUAGGCCAGCCACCCGGGCCCCAAGUUUAAUGGCUUUAGAGAGCUUUCCCACAGAGAUGCGACCGAGAGCAAAAAAAAAAACGCAUUCGAGAAGUGAUAUUAGUGAACUCGAUGCUAGCGAGUAGAGAAGAGCAGCGGAACUGCUUUUAGUUUAACUUUUACGACCUUUUAACGUACAUUUCUUCUUCUACAACUUCGAGCAGAGCGAAUGGUGGUAGGGAAAGGUAAUGGAUGACAAGGUGAUCGGUAUCCGCUGUCGAGUUGUCUCUCUUCGCCUAAUGCUUAUUAGUCCGGGACUAAGUGAGGAAUUGAGCCGACAUCAACCGACCGGGCGCGAUCUUGUAGUAGCUUUCUACUUCGAACAUAUUUUUAGAUUCAUUUUAAGUCAGCUCAACGCUCCCCCGUCAGCACCGACUGUACACCAGGCUCUCGAUGGUUGGAAAUAUUGUUUGGACACGUUUAUACCGCCGAAGAGCAGUGUGCGAGUUGUGAAGUUGUUUUAUAAGCUUACAGUUUUUCAAAUUAACUUACACAUUUUCCCAGUGAAAUCAAGAGCAUUCAGCUAUACUUACUUCGAAGAAACUUAGCUGCGGCAUACGUUACAAUCACUUUCGCAUCGCAUCAACCGCAUCAUCCAUCCAGUUGUAUAAUACUAUUCUAGUUACGCUGACGAUGAAUAAGUAGGGCCGACUACUUCUAUACAAAAUCUACACUACACAACACUCAUAGACAGACACAGCUAUUCUAGUCACAGACGAAAUAUGCCGCUUGUUUCCUCGCCCUCCUGUUCUGUGUGUUUGUGUAUGUGUGUGUCCGGAAUGAUGGACACGAGAUUGAUUUUAACUAUCACGCAAUAUUCGUUUCGUUAGCGGAGAGUCAAGGGGAUAAACUGUAAAGCAUGAUUAUUCGGAUUAUAUUCACAUUCUUUGGUGAAGGGUAAGGACCUCUUAGUGCAGGUGUAUGUUUGAUCGGGAAGAAGUAACGAUCAUGCUCGCAUAAUGUAGCGAAACGACGUGGAUGGAGAUUUCCUGGUUUCAUCAUCUAAACCAAAGAAAGUUUGUCGUUCGUGUGUUUUUGGCAACACCAUUAGCGAGAGCAGAUGAAAUUGUAAUACGCGUCACACGAGGUAAAGUACAUGCACACUCUCAAUAUUAGUAAUCUUCGGCUGGCACGAAGUGAAGACACUCACCCCGUUCCAUUCUUUGCCUGAGUUUGUCCCCUUUUUGCUCGGAUUCGAGUUGAAUGUUUUGCACAACCCGUAUCGUCGAAUAAUCGGUGAGUUGCUCAUCACACCAGAUAAUAAUGAGCAACGAAAUGAUCGCUCUAUUCCAUUGCAAAGGAAAUAGAAUUCAUUAUCUAGUUAAAAAAAAAGGAACGACUAUUAACUUAUUAACAAUACACAGAUCAGCCAUGUGCUAAUUUCAUCUCAUAACUCAAUAAAACGCAUCGCAAAAUACACACAAUUCGCUUUAUAUCGGAGACAAAAACUCGCUAAAAUGAAGAAUCGUGACCCCAGCUAAGGCAUUAGCCGCUCUCGAUGAGGAUCGCUAGGUAACCAGGACGUCAGGAGAGAACAGAGAAGUGGCAACACAGUCUAACUUGAGCCUGCUUUGAUCUUAACUUACCUGAUGGCCACGUGAUCACGAGGGAGCAAGCAAACAGAUAGUUAAAUUCGAAUAAACACAGCAACCACUGACACCCCUAGACGGUGGAUGACGUAAUGAGAGGAAGCUCCUCCUGUGUCGUAUGUUUGCGGCAAACGAACCAAAACGUUAAUAAAAGGGCAGAAAUUGCGACAACCAAGGACGAAGCUAAAGUAGAAGAAACUCAAUGCUAACACACUGCGAAGAAAACAAAAAAGGUGACAAAAUCGUAUUUUGGAUUGUGACCGGUUUGCUUGGUACACAACAGUAGAAAAACAGAAAUUUGAAGUGUUCGUAGAGAACCAAAAAUGCACGUUAUUUUUCUGGAACAAAAAAAACCGAUAAUAGUAACACCGGUGAGCAAGAAGCAAGGGAAGGUGUGCGUAUUCGAGGGUAAAAAAAAGAAAGAUACCAUCACAGAGCUGUAUUUAUAUAUAAAGCAUAUAUAUAUACAUCCAUGAAUUACAUUUAAAAUCGAGCAUAUACUUAUACAUUUAAAGAGUAACGUAACAAGGAAACAAAUCAUACAUCAGCAUAUAUAUAUUAAUAUAUAUUUUUCUUCAUUAAAUAUAUAUACACCCGUCUCUCGCCCGAUCACGUGCUAUGUAAGUAGGUUUCUAAUAAACAAAGAGGGAAAAGGGGGAAACCGUGGGUACGGUUUCGCACUAGAAUGAGCAAAACCGCUGAAUUGUGAAUGCGCUUGUGGAUUGUGUAACAAUAAAUAAAGAGCAAAUGGUCCCGAAUAAAUGCGUUGGUUUUGUGUAAAAAG